AGACACGAAGUGGUUUCAAGAAGAGUGAGGGAAGAUGUCGCUUAGGCCGAGCACACGCGCGGAGCUGAGGAAGAAGAUAUACAAGACAGGUGUCGAUGCCGAUGAGGCGAGGCGUAGGAGAGAGGACAACCUCGUCGAGAUUCGAAAAAACAAGCGUGAGGACAGUCUCCUCAAGAAGCGCCGCGAAGGCAUGAUGCUCCAGCAGCAGCAGCAGCCUCUUGGAGCUGGUCUCGAUGCCCUCCAGAGCGCUGCCGCCGUUGAGAAACGAUUGGAAGGUAUACCAAUGAUGGUACAAGGUGUUUAUUCUGAGGAUCCUCAAGCUCAGCUAGAAGCUACUACUCAGUUUAGAAAGUUGUUAUCUAUAGAGCGCAGUCCUCCAAUUGAUGAGGUGAUCAAAGCGGGUGUUAUCCCUCGUUUUGUUGAGUUUCUUCGAAGGCAAGACCAUCCACAACUCCAGUUUGAGGCUGCAUGGGCUUUGACCAACGUUGCGUCAGGAACAUCAGAUCAUACUCGGGUUGUGAUUGAACAUGGGGCGGUGCCUAUCUUCGUUGAGCUUCUCAGCUCUGCUAGUGAUGACGUUCGAGAGCAGGCCGUGUGGGCUUUAGGGAAUGUUGCUGGAGACUCGCCAAACUGCAGGAACCUUGUUCUCAGCUGUGGUGCUCUUGCACCCUUGCUGUCUCAGUUAAACGAAAAUUCAAAGUUAUCCAUGCUAAGGAAUGCUACAUGGACCUUGUCCAACUUUUGUCGUGGGAAACCACCAACACCAUUUGAAGAGGUGAAGCCUGCCCUGCCAGUUCUUCGGCAGCUUAUUUAUCUGAAUGAUGAAGAAGUUCUCACUGAUGCCUGCUGGGCUCUCUCCUACCUUUCAGAUGGCCCCAAUGAUAAGAUUCAGGCUGUGAUCCAGGCAGGUGUCUGUCCACGACUUGUGGAGCUUCUGAGUCAUCCAUCACCUACGGUUCUCAUUCCUGCCCUCCGAACCGUUGGGAACAUCGUAACCGGUGAUGACUCUCAGACACAGUUUAUAAUUGAUAGUGGUGUACUUCCCCACCUUUAUAAUUUGCUUACGCAAAAUCACAAGAAAAGUAUCAAAAAGGAAGCUUGUUGGACAAUAUCGAAUAUCACUGCUGGGAAUAAAGUUCAGAUAGAGGCUGUGGUUGGCGCUGGUAUUGUCCUCCCUCUUGUGCAUUUGCUCCAAAACGCGGAGUUCGAUAUAAAGAAGGAAGCUGCGUGGGCUAUUUCAAAUGCUACCUCAGGAGGGUCUCAUGAGCAGAUUCAGUAUUUGGUAGCACAAGGCUGCAUCAAGCCUCUUUGUGAUCUUCUAAUUUGCCCUGAUCCGAGGAUCGUGACAGUGUGCUUAGAAGGGCUUGAAAACAUUCUCAAGAUUGGUGAGGCUGACAAGGAGAUGGGGUUAAACGGUGGAGUAAAUCUCUAUGCUCAGAUAAUUGAAGAAUCUGAUGGGUUGGACAAAAUUGAAAACCUUCAGUCCCAUGAUAACAAUGAGAUAUAUGAGAAGGCUGUUAAGAUCUUGGAGAGAUAUUGGGCUGAAGAAGAGGAUGAGCAGAUUCUGCCAGACGGUGUGAAUGAAAAUCCACAACAGGGCUUCAGUUUUGGGAAUAACCAGACCGCUGCUCCCCCUGGUGGAUUUAAAUUUGGUUGAAAAAAGGUAUAGAACAUUGAAAUACUUUGGUUUGAGGGACAAUGAGAUUCAUCUUUUGGAACUGUGAUUGGGGUUCAAGUUUGGGUUUUUGAGUACUGGUGCAAAAAGGCUCUUAUACUUCUUUUGUUUGUUGUCAUUUGUUUGAAUCAUUCUCUGCUUCUGUAUCUUCAUUUCUUAAAACUCUGGGAUGAAUCAUGUCUAGUGUGGUGUACUGGUUUAGGAUUUGAUUCACACUUUGUAUUUGUCACUUUUAUCUUUGUUGUGACAGUUUAUUUUUUCAAAUUUUUUUACUUGUCA